GCGCCACAGGAAAAGGCCCAGCGCACGCCCUCCAUUGCUGGCACCACGCAGAAUCGCUUAGAGGGGAAAACCAUACACUGAAAACCUCACCGCCACCUCGGGCUUGAUGGCGCGGACGCUAAAGGUGCCCCACCCACUUCCUCCCGGCGCCCGUGCGGAGGGGGCGGAGCGUCGCGCUACGUCAACUGCACGUUGCUCACCGAGAGCCCUCACUUCCACGCCACCGACUCUGCCACCUCCUCCCCCGGGAGCGGAAGAGGAGACCCUCCUCUGCGCUUUGCGGCAACGCGUGACCGUCACGUGGGGCGGGGCUUCGGAGGCGAGCGAAGGGAGGGACAAAGGCCAGGAGCGUAUAGAACGCCACUCACACUUGGAGAAGAGAUAACGGGACAGAGGUGCAAGCCAAUCGCAAUCAGGCCUGUGGAGGCAGAGACUGGGGUGGAGACUUCAGAGACUGCAGUUCCAGGUCUCCAGCCUGCCAGCUUUCAGACUAGAACUUAUACCAUCAGCUGUCCUGGUUCUCAGGCCUUUGGAUUCAGACUGAAACUACAUCGUUGGUUGUUCUGAGUCUCCGACUUGCCAGCCACAUAUCUUGGGACCUCCAUAAUUUUUUCUAAGAACAGAUGGAAGUGGCUAUGGAUAAUUCAUAUAAUUUCAAUCAACAAGGCUCAUGUAAUGGAAUUCCAUCUGAGAAGAAAAACAACUUCCUCGUGUCAGAAGAUCAUGGACAGAAAAUCUUAAGUAUACUACAGAAUUUUCGAGAACAAAAUGUCUUUUAUGAUUUCAAAAUAAUCGUGAAAGAUGAAAUAAUCCCAUGUCAUCGUUGUGUGUUAGCAGCAUGCAGUGACUUUUUCAGGGCUAUGUUUGAAGUAAACAUGAAAGAAAGAGAUGGUGGAAGUGUUACCAUUACUAAUUUGUCCUCCAAAGCAGUAAAAGCAUUUCUUGAUUAUGCCUAUACUGGAAAAACAAAGAUAACAGAUGACAAUGUGGAAAUGUUCUUCCAGUUGUCAUCAUUUCUUCAAGUUUCCUUCCUGUCCAAAGCUUGCAGUGACUUUUUAAUAAAAAGUAUUAAUCUUGUGAAUUGUUUACAGUUAUUAUCUAUAUCAGAUAGCUAUGGCUCUGCCCGUUUGUUUGAUCAUGCUUUAUACUUUGUACAACAUCACUUUUCUUUAUUAUUUAAAUCCAGUGAUUUCUUAGAGAUGAAUUUUGGAGUACUGCAAAAAUGUCUGGAAUCAGAUGAAUUAAAUGUUCCUGAAGAAGAAACUGUACUGCAAGUUGUCCUUAGUUGGACUAAACAUAACUUAGAAUCAAGGCAAAAGCAUCUGCCUUAUUUGAUUAAAAAAGUAAGAUUAUAUCAGUUAUCUGAGGAGACACUUCAAGAUUGUUUACUCAAUGAAGAGUGUUUACUCAAAAGCACAAACUGUUUUGACAUAAUCAUAGAUGCAAUUAAGUGUGUGCAAGGUUCUGGUGGACUUUUCCCUGAUGCUCGACCAUCCACAACUGAAAAAUACAUAUUUGUUCACAAAACUGAGGAAAAUGGAGAAGAUCAAUAUACAUUUUGCUAUAAUAUUAAAAGUGAUUCAUGGAAGAUACUGCCACAAUCACACCUGAUUGAUUUGCCAGGAUCUAGUCUGUCUAGUUAUGGGGAGAAAAUAUUCUUGACAGGUGGUUGCAAAGGGCCGUGUUGUAGAACAGUUCGGCUUCAUAUUGCAGAGUCAUAUCAUGAUGCCACUGAUCAAACCUGGUGCUACUGUCCGGUCAAAAAUGAUUUUUUCCUGGCAUCAACUAUGAAAACACCAAGAACCAUGCAUACAUCAGUUAUGGCUCUCAACAGAUUAUUUGUCAUAGGUGGAAAGACUAGAGGAUCCCAGGACAUUAGAAGUCUCUUAGAUGUUGAAUCUUACAACCCUCUUUCCAAAGAAUGGAUAUCUGUUAGCCCAUUACCCAGGGGCAUAUACUAUCCUGAAGCAAGUGCAUGCCAAAAUGUAAUUUAUGUUCUUGGAUCAGAGGUAGAGAUUACAGAUGCUUUUAACCCCUCACUUGAUUGCUUUUUUAAAUACAAUGCUACAACUGAUCAGUGGUCUGAACUAGUAGCAGAGUUUGGGCAGUUUUUCCAUGCAACACUAAUUAAAGCUGUCCCAGUAAACUGUACACUGUAUAUAUGUGACCUUUCCACUUAUAAGGUUUAUAGUUUUUGUCCAGAUACUUGUGUUUGGAAGGGUGAAGGGUCUUUUGAAUGUGCAGGCUUCAACGCAGGUGCAGUUGGAAUUGAAGAUAAAAUUUAUAUAUUAGGUGGUGAUUAUGCACCAGAUGAAAUCACAGAUGAAGUGCAGGUCUACCACAGCAGCAGGUCUGAGUGGGAAGAAGUUUCACCAAUGCCAAGAGCCUUAACUGAAUUUUACUGCCAGGUGAUUCAGUUUAAUAAAUACAGGGACCCAUGGUUUUCUAAUCAUUUCUAAAAGUAAAUGUGUGUGAUUAGACAUUCUAA